AUGACUAAAAUACGACGUCCUGCUCGACUAUUGUUCGUCAGCUAUAUAAUCCUAGGCGCCUUCUUCAGUUAUUUCAAAGAAAAUGUUCAUGGUGUCGUGAAUCAGCCCAAAGACUUACAGACAACAACUCCACAUCAACAUUUCUCCACUUGCAAUAAGUAGGUCUAAAGUUUUUUAAGUAUUUUUAUCUUUUUAUUUUUUUUCGACCAGUCGAUUUUUUUGAAAAAAAAAAUGUUUGGAAUUUUAAAAAUAAAAGGCUAUUUUCAACCGAUUUUUCCAAUACCGUUUUUACAACUUUUUAAAAAUAGUUUUGCUUCAUAAACAAAUUAGAAAAAAUUUGGAAGAGAAACAAGCGAGGGUAGACAUGUUCCUCGGUAGUAUAGUGGUAAGUAUCCGCGCCUGUCACGUGCGAGACCCGGGUUCGAUUCCCGGCCGGGGAGGAAAGCUUUUUGCCGCGUGUUUUAAUCUUUUCGAAAAAUAAAUUAAACGGAAAAUGUUUUUUACACUUUGAAAAUUGUUUUUUUUAUAAUUUUACUUUUCCAAAACUAUUGAUCAUUAAAUUUUUGUCCAAUUUAGUCAAUAAUAACCUUUCUUUCUUUUAGAAACAAAUCACAUAGCCAAUCAGACACGGAUGAAUCUCAAUUUCCACAAGAUUUAUUCACGCUGCAAGAACGGCGGAAUGGUGCCGUUCUUCUGCAUCUUCUUGGUCUCAUCUACAUGUUCAUAGCACUGGCUAUUGUGUGCGAUGAGUUUUUUGUUCCCGCUUUAGGUGUUAUCACCGAAAAACUGGACAUUAGCGAAGAUGUGGCUGGCGCAACUUUCAUGGCCGCUGGCGGUUCGGCGCCCGAGUUUUUCACAAGUGUUAUUGGAGUAUUUGUAGCACAAAACAAUGUCGGGAUUGGCACAAUUGUUGGUAAGAGUUUUUGAAUGCUUUUGAUAAGAUUUAGGAAGGAUUUUCGGGGAAAUGGGGAAUUUUAGAUAUUAUCCAUGAUGGAUUUGGUUUUAGAGACUUCAUUUAGAGUUUCUGAAAAGUUUAAAUUAAACAAAAUUGAAAAGUAUGUUAACUGGCAUGUUUUGCUUAAUUUUGGUAAAGAUAGGUUGUUUCGUAAAGAAGUUAUGGCUAAUUUAUAUGAAGUUAUCCAAGAGAAUUCGAAUUUUUCUUGGUUAUGGAAGUUUUAAGCGGGUAUAACUUUGUGGAUAAGCAAGAUGUUGAUAUGAAAUUUUGUAGUUUUAUACAAUUGUUUAUGCUCUACAAAACUGUUAAAUACAAUUUUGUAAAAAAAUCAAAAACAGUUAUGUUUAGUUUAGGUUCUUAUUUUAUUGGGGCCCUCUGUGAAAUUUUUAAAUAAUUUUUGAAAAUCUCUAAAAUUAUUAUUUCAGGUAGUGCCACAUUCAACAUUCUCUGUGUACUAGCAUUUUGUACACUGUUUUCUACGACCGUGCUCUAUCUCACAUGGUGGCCACUGUUCCGUGAUGUCGCCUUCUACAUCGUGGCUCUGUUGGCGGUGGUACUGUUCUUUUUGGAUGAUCAAAUUGUCUGGUGGGAGGCUUUGUUUCUGUUCGUCCUCUACAUUGGAUACUGUAUUUUCAUGAAGUAUAAUGAGUAUAUUGAGACGUUUGUCAAAGUCAAGGUUUUGAAGCAAAAGGAAGGAGAGAACGAUGCGGAACAGUGUGAAAGCAUUAUUGUAGGUCUUUUUGAUUUCUUUUGGAAAAAAUUAUUUAGGUAUAUGUUGCUGAUAUAUUGAUGUUGUUAUGGUGGAAAAAGUUUGCAAUUUUAUUUUUGGGUUUAAAAGUUAUGGCACUUUUUGCACGGUGCACAGUGGAAUUAUGCACUGCGCAAUAAAUUAUUCAUAACUUUGGCAUUUUGUAAUAAAGUUGAGUUUUUGAUAGUGUAGUAGAUUACUAUAGUUAUGGCGACUAUAACGCGUAAAAUUUGCGACAUUUUGUAUUUUGGUUUAAAAGUUAUGGCAAAUUUUGUACAGUGCACUUCGAGUCAAUCUUAAUAUUACAUGAUAAAUCUGCCAUUUUAGUCCGGAUCUCGCAAGUCCUCAAUGCAACCCGAGUACCAACCUCCGAACACUCGCCAUUAUCAACAACAGUCUAGUCUUCAGCGAUCCGACUCGCUAGCUGCUGGUCGACGUCGCCCGUCCACUAUGAACUCACGAAGACAAAGCAUUCCAAUCCUACAUACUGGAGCCAUGUUCAGAAACAGUAUGAUGCAAAUAAUGUCACAGAAAUUGGAAUCAGUGGAUGAAAAUGAAAACGUUGGGAACGGCGUGGAGAACGGUGGAAGUAGGAGGUAUCGAAGUAGGAAGAGUAGUGCUGCUUGCAUUAAGCAGAUCGAUGGGAAUGCGGCUGUGUUGGCGGUGAGUUGAACUUUUUUUGUAAAUAAUGUUUUGGCAUAGGCUUUAUGGAGGUUUCUAGGGGGUAGGAAGGGGUGAAUGGGGGUAAAUCCUUCUUUUCACUUGCUUAAUGUUAAUAUUAAAAUUUUAAUCGAUUUUGAUUUCAGCGACAAAAUGGACUUCAAAAUGGCAAUAGAAGGCAAAGCGAACGAAGAUCUACCAAAGCUGAGAUCGAAACUUUGGUAAGGAUUUUUUAUUGUUUUAUGUCUUGUCUUUACUGAGUUCUGAACAGGGGAUCUUUUAGUUAUUGGACGGUAAAAUGUGAACUUUAAUUUUUAUUUUAAAUCUAUCUUAUCAUAUACUUAUGACUAUGGUCAGCUAAGAUUAUAGAAGGUAGAAGUAUACUGGUUUUGAAUGUAGCUAAAAGUUUGGCUUAGAGCUUACAAUAAGGCUUGGGCGAGAGCUAAGGCUAAAACUAGAACUAGGACUAGAACUAAAGUUAACGCUACAGUGCUGGGGCGUUUUUAAGUCGACGUAGGUUGAACAGAAGAAAAAUAGAAUAGGGAGAUAGUGAUCUCUAUAUAAUAAAAUAAUUAUUUGCGACAAAUUAAUGACAUGUAGAACACUGUCUAACAAAAAGCGAACCCUCUGAAUCCUCUCCGAAUUUUGUUUGAUGAGCUGCCGGCCCAAGUAGUAUAGUGGUUAGUACUCCACGUUGUGGCCGUGGCGACAUCGGUUCGAUUCCGGUCUUGGGCAGCUCGCUUUUUUUUAUAUUUUAGAUACUUUUUGAGCAGAAUUUAGGUUUAAAAGGGUAGAUAAAUGAAAAGUAAGGUAGUGUUUUUAAUUUGAGGUAAAAUACGAGUUGUUCUUUUUUUAUUUUUUAUUAGUUGUUGGUCAAUUUGGCCUUGAAAGCCCUAUUUUUUACAAUUUUUUAAUAUUUUUUUUGCAAUUUUUAAGUAUGUUUAGAGUCGAAAAAGCUUUACUAAGAAUAAAUAAAGCAAUAUAUAGUAGUUAAGUUAAAAAUAAUAGUAGUUUUGUGUACUAUAAUAUUGUUUUCAAUUAAUUUUUGGUCAAUUUUGGCCUCAAAACCCUUAUAUUUUCAAAAAUUUUUAAUUUUUCUGCCAUUUUUCGAUGUAUCUUUGAUCCCAAUCAUUUUGAAAAACAUGCUAAUUUUCAGAAAGAAGCCCUGGAAGACGAGGACGAACAACCACUGGACAUAACUUGGCCAGAAACCUUCCAAAAACGAGUUGUCUACGUGUUCCUGGCCCCAAUCCUGUACGUACUAUGGCUGACAAUACCGGACGUACGAAGGCCGGAUAGGAAGAACUACUACGCAGUUACAUUCGUAUUCUCAAUAUUGUGGAUCGCAGCGUUUUCAUAUAUCAUGGUAUGGGUGGCGAACACUAUUGGAGAGACGUUUUUGAUACCUACAGAAGUGAUUGGGCUCACAAUAUUGGCGGCUGGUACUAGUAUACCGGAUCUGAUUACUAGGUAAGGUUUUUGAAUGUUUUGAGGAGUUUAGAAGUAUAAAUGCAUGUAUGUAGAUUUAGAAAUGGCAGGCUGUUUGAAAAAAAAAUUUUGUUGAAAAAUGACAUGUCUUACAAGAGGAUUCGAACUUUUUUUGAUUUUCGACUUUUUCAAUUGAAUGUAACUUUUUUAUGCUUGAAGAGUAAAAAUUGUGGAAUAUAGGUAAAUUUGUAUGCUCUACAUUAUGUGUGGCUCAACUUUUGAAACGAUUUUUUUAAAAAUUUUAAUGGUUUUCAAGAGGAUUCGAACUUUUUUGGAUUUUGAACCUUGUCAAAUGAAUGUACCUUUUUUCUUUUUUGAGUUACAGUAGUAAAAGUUGUAGUAUAUAGGCAAAUUUGUUUACUUUACAACAUAGUUUUUAAUUUGCUUAACAAUACGGGUUUUUUAAAUUUUGAAAAAAUUUUUUGAUGUUUUGCAAAGUUCGAAAUUUUCUGAAUUUUUGGCAUUUUUAGAUGAACGUAAAAUUUUUACCUUUCAAAAGAUUAUGAUGAAAUUCGUAGUAAAUACAUAACUUUUCAUGCUUUGCAAUAUGGUCUACUCAACUUUUAAAAAUAUUUUUAAAAUUUUAAAAGGUUUCCAAGAGGAUUUGAACUUUUUUUUGAUUUUUGACAUUUUCAAACUUACGUAGCUCAGCUAUAAAUCAAGAUAUCAUUUUAAUAAUUGGGGCAUACAUUUAAAUUUGCCUGUUUUAUAAAUUAGAAAAAACCGCUUAAAAAGUUAGGGUUACUGUAGGCCUACAGUAUAUUUGUGUAAAAAUAAUCUUCUCAAUAUUUCAGUGUGAUAGUAGCCAGGAAAGGCCUGGGCGACAUGGCCGUCUCAAGUUCGGUGGGUUCGAACAUAUUUGACGUUUGCGUGGGACUACCCGUACCAUGGCUGCUCUACUUUAUUGUUAAUGUUAUCAAAACUGGGUCAAGUGGUAGUGUGGCGGUUAGUAGGCAAGUUCAUAUUUUUUACUCUUUAUUAGGCUUAUUAGACGUAAAUUAGGCUUGUCAAGCAUGAAAGUUAAACCUGAACCUAAGCCUAUUUGUUAUAAGGUUUGUAGGCUUAAAAACAAUAAGGUUACUAAGGUUAAGCCUAUUAACCUUUAUCGAUUACACACUUACUAAGCCUAAGGCUGUUUAACAUGCUAAGUCGGCGAUUGCUAAGCCUGCCAAACCUGAGCCAACUAAGGCUACGCAACUUUUUAAUCUGACUGAACAAUCCAAGUUGAAACACUCUAAUCCUAAACCUAUCAAGCUUAAGUUUGCCAAUUAAGCCUGGCAAUUAAACCUUCUAAACUUUAUCCAGCUAAGCCUAAGCUUAUCAAGAACUCGCUAAACUUUAACUCAAGCCUAAGUUUGCUAAGUAAAUCGAUCAAACAUAAGCCUACUAAGCCUAAACCUAUCAAGACAAAGCUGACAGACGAAAUCAAGUUUAGUCCAAAGUUACAGUAUAAUGUUUUAGUAAUGGGCUGGUGUGCAGUGUGUCGAUGCUGUUCUUCAUGCUCAUCUUCCUCGUCGCCACCAUCGCCUUAUGUGGCUGGAAAAUGAACAAAUACUUUGGCGCGUUCAUGAUCCUUGAGUACUGCGUGUUCUGCACGGUGUCCGUACUCCUGGAGCUGGGCCUUAUGCAAUGUCCGUUAAGGAUCUGCGUUUAA